AUAACCUCCAACAAAUUGAAAACCUAGCAAUAAAAGUAAAAUUAAACGAACAAAAUGCCAGAAAGUACGAAUUAUUAACUAAUAUGAUUAUACAAACAGAUAACGCUGCAUAUGACUUACGGUUUCAACUUGACGAAUUAUUAAACACUAUCAUCUUAGGAAAACAAGGUAUAAUAAGUCCACAAAUUAUAGAUCAUAAAACUUUCAUUAAGAGCUAUCAAGAUAUACUCGGGAAUAAAUUCUUAAACCCAACAAUCAAACCAAAAGAAGAAAACUUUCAAUUUAUUCUUGAUAUUAGUAAACUCAUUCUUUGGACAAUCGACGAAAAGAUUUUCUUUAAAAUUACAAUUCCUCUUGUGGAAGAUCAGGAAUGGAAAAUUCAAAAAUUAUAUCCAAUUCCCUCAAAACAAAACAAUGUAUUCUCAGCACCACUAAUAGAAUCACCUUAUUACCUUUUUAAAGACGAGCUCUUCAUGAACGUUAACCAAGAAUACCUCGACAAGAAUUGUAAAAUGCAUGCCACCAUUCAAAUUUGUAAGAGAAACCAACCUAUUCAUUCGAAAUUAGGAACACAUGAUUGUACAUCCGAAUUAAUUAAUCAUAAUAAUCAAAUUAAAAAUUGUCAAUUCGUACUCUUCAAAAUCAAAGAUUUGACAUUCGUGCCACUUAGACAAGAAAAUCACUUUAUCGUAAUCCCAGAAAAACCAAUUAAUAUUCACACAAUUUGUGCCAAAGACAGUUCAAGUAGCAUCACUAUAAAGAACCCAAGUUUAAUAUUUUCAAACACACCUUGCAAUUUAAUUUAUGGAACCAAUUUAAUGAAAAUAGGUGGAAUAAGCAAAAGUGUAACAUACGAUAUUCGAACAAAAUCAAUCCCAAUCUCAAACAUUACGGAUCUUAGUAUUCUGCUAGACAAAUUAGAAACAGCUCCUAAAAUUUCUAAUAACUUGCAUUUAUUUAAAACCACUUUAAAAGAUAUUGAUGAAGAAAUCGACAAAUUACAAUUCGAACAUCGUAUGACUAGCAUAAAAAGCUACGGUUUAACUGUACUACAAAUAGCAGGAUAUAUUGCUUUAAUUAUUGGAAUCCUAUAUAUUAUGCAUAGACUAAAAAUAUUUGAAUGUAUUAAAGGAUGCUUCCCAUCCACCCUAUGUAUUAACAUAUUAUGUUGUAAGAAUGUAACUGAACAGAAUGCAGCUCCAGUAGCCCCGGCAAUUGAGGAUUUAAUAGCAAGACUUCCACCGAUAGAANACCAACUAAUCAUCCAACCUCGAACAGUACGAUUCAAGAAAGGAAUCCUCAAGAAAUCUUAAGGGACUAAGAUUAAUCUAAGAAGGGGGGAAUGUGACGGUCCCCUUUAAAACACCUGCAUGUAUUUUGUUUCCUAAAGAAUUUAUAAGAUAACAACCGGAUGUCGAUCAGGCUACAUAUAACAACGAUAUGCUACUGAGAAUUCUACUUAAAAUGCUACCCGAAGCAUUUUGCGUAUUAGACCACACAGUAGGAUAUGCGCCCGUCACUAAAGCGUUGAAACAUAAGAAAGUAAGAUAAGAACAACCCUAAACCUCGGGCAGUCGAGCAGUCAGU